GAGGAAACGAAGCACCAGCCCACAAGAGAAUACUCGGCCUUCAGAAAGCGCUCAGUAAAGAGUCCUGAUUGAUUGAUCGAUCGACCAUCUCCUCCCCACCUCACGCUGCGGUUUCCAGAGCCACCUGGCCACCGAGGAGAUGUCUCCGCUCAGCCUUUGGCUCAUAGCUAUCUGGCUCCUGGCCCUGAAACCACGCUCAGGGUUCACCGCCUCGACGGAGCUGACGGGGGUAAAAGGGGGGUCGGUGCAGUUGUUCCCGGAGAUCCCGGCCGGAAAGGAGGUUAACAACAUCAUCUGGAAUUCCCCUAUGUCUUUCGCCAUCAUAAAUCCGGGCACGACAGGGACACCGCCCGAGGUUGUCGUGACGGACAGUCGAUACAAGGGACGGGUGAGGGUUUUGGACCAGAGCUACAUCCUGCACAUCAGUGACCUGAAGAUGGAGGAUGCAGGAUACUACAUAGCCCAGAUCAAUCUGGUCGGCGUCUCUGACACCUUCACCAGGAACUACACUCUGAGGAUCUUCGAGCCCCUGCCCAAGCCAAAAAUCACCCGAAAAAUCAGCCGCGGUGAGAACAACACCUGCAACUUCACCCUGACCUGCUCCGUGGUCGGGGGAGGGGCCAACAUCACGUACAGCUGGUCAUCCCCGGGGCCGGGGGCCGCUCUGUCCCCCAACAGCUCCGUCCUCAGAGUCUCCCGGAGCCCCGAAGACGAUCACACUCACUACACCUGCACGGCCACCAACUCCAUCACCAGCAGCUACGAGAUCGUUGACUCUGAUGAGCUUCUCUGUCCAGCCCCUCUCCAUUCCCCAUUGAAGAUUGGGGUGUCCAGCCUGGCCGUCCUGAUAGCCCUGGCCGGGGCUUUCGUGGGCUACCUCCUGUUCCGCAAGAAGACCUGGAAGGGUACCAACAAGCCCCAGGGGCCUAAGAAUCCCGAACCCGCUAUAGAGAGCAGGGUGUAUGACGAAGUGGGCUUGGGCCCGGCCAAGGAUCUCCCGGACAGGGAUGGAAACACGCUGUACUUCCACAUCAAGCCCUCAAAGCUGGUAUCCAAGCCGGAUCCCGUGAAGGAAAGCGCCGUGAACACGAUUUACUCUGUGGUUGAGAUCCCCAAAAGGAAGCCCCCACCCACAGCUGCCAAGACUGACGCCCUCCCAUAUGUCCUUCCAACCGAGGUGAAAGCCGCCAGUUCCCAGCGGACGGGUGUCGCAGCUCCGGAGAAAUCUACGGAUAAAUGCUCCUGCCCCGGUCGCCCUGACACCGAGAAGGUGGGAAGUGACCAGAGAGCCACAGAAAUGCUACGUAGUGGAAAGAGGAGUUCGGGGACAUGGGAGGGUCUGACCAACCAAAGCUCACAUCUGUUUCCUAUCCGCCCCACUUCUCUUCCCCAUCGCAAAGGAGAGAGGGACAGAGGAGUCAUGAUCCCCCUGCUUCUAUGGCUACCGGCCCUUCUACACCUGCAACCAAGUGCCGCAGCCCUGCAGGAGCUGAACAGCAUCAUUGGGGGGUCGGUCACUUUCCCCCUGAACAUCCCGGAUGGGUGGCCGGUCAAGAGCAUCAUCUGGACUUCCAAUGGGGCCAUCGCCACGGUGAUCCCAGGAGCACUGAGAGACCCUCCUAACAUCAUCGCCAGCACUCAGCAAUACAGUGAGAGACUGAGCGUCUCCAGAGACUACUCCUUGACCAUCAGUCACCUGAGGCUGGAGGACGCGGGGCCCUACAGAGCCGAUGUCAACACUGCUAACACCACCGGCACCACCACCACCACCAGCCAGUUCUCCCUGCGCUUCUACGAUCAGCUGAUGGAGCCCUUAGUAAUGGUGAACUCCUCGGUGUCUGUCAAUGGCACCUGUAUCAUCACACUGACCUGCUCCGUGGCCAGAGGAGGGGAUAACGUGACAUUCAGCUGGACGCCCUCGGUACGGGAGAAAACUGUGUCCCCCAACGGCUCCGUCAUCAACAUCUUCCACAGCUCCAAGGACCCUCCCCCAAACUACACAUGCACAGUCACAAACCCCGUCAGCCACAGUUCCCACACGGUCUUUGCUAACCAGAUCUUCUGUGCAGACACAGUGAAGGAAUUAAACACAGGCCAGACCACUGUGACCGUGGUUGUGACAGUCCUGGUGGUAGUUGGUGUCGCCGUCUUCAUUGGGAUUGGGUUCACGGUCAACUGGAGGCAGAUAAGGACAAGACAAGGGGCUGAGGCCGAGACCGUGGAGGGAAACACACUGUAUGCCCAGGUCCAGCACAGCCACGCACAACGGGAACCGCCGCAUAAAGAGACCACGAUUUACUCGACCGUCCAGCCAGCCAAGAAGGUGGAGAGUCCCUCCCUAACCCCCUUGACCUACGAAAAGAUCAUGUGAACAGAAUCUUGUGAACAGCAUGUAAACAGCAUGCGAACAGCAGCGUGGCCUGCUCUCAUCCCAGUGAACAAGGCCACAUUCGCCCAUGGAGAAAUCGUCCGGGCAGCCAGAAAAGCAACUGGACCUCAAGCGGGAGCGGCUCUCACGAUUCCUGAUGCCCGCGGCUGACUCGGGAACCCCUCGGUGGCAAACACCAGGAAAGCCAAAGGGAAAAUCUCCACUUCCUCGGACUGAGACCCCCAGGCCUCGGACGAUCCGCUCCUCGUGACUCAGAAUCCCCCGUUUCUGAUCAUGUCCCUCUGGAAGGGGCCCAGAUGCUUCAGAAGAACCUUCCCCGCCGGCCUUGACUUGGGGGUUCUGCCCUGGCCACGCUCCAGGCUUGUCCAAAAACAGCCCAAGUCCUUCCCGUCCUCCACACAUGGAGAUAUAGAGAUGUGAAACGCUUGCCUCAAUUUGCUGAAACAACAUGCUGCACGAACGGCUGGAUGGAAGCAAUACCACUUUAACUCCUCAUCUUCUGCCCUCCGACCCCAAUUCCUGAGGCUCAUGGAUAAAAAAGUAACGGAUUCAUUCUUUAUUUAUGCAAACUUUUCGGCAUCAGCUUUAGAGCUCUCAGUCACCUUGGCCCCAGUUUCCUUACCUCACUGAUUUCCUACCUCAUCCAGAGUGGACAUUUAAUGCAGAGAGACGAGGAUGUCUCUCAUUCAAGCUAGGAGGCUUGAGCAAAGCCUGAAUCACUGUGGGAAUGGAACGUGCCUGGCGAUUCUGUUAUAUCGCACUCUCCCAAUCGCUUAGUACAGUGCUCUGCCCAGAGUAAGCCUUCAAUAAAUACGACUGAUUGGUU